AUGUCGGCCAUCGAGCUCAUCAACCCAAGGGCCGAGUCGGUCCGCCGCACCCAGGCGCUCCAGGUCAACACGGCAGGUGCCAUCGGCCUCGCCCAGGUCGUCAAGUCCAACCUCGGGCCCCGCGGCACCAUCAAGAUGCUUGUCGACGGCUCCGGCAACCUCAAGAUGACAAAAGACGGCAAGGUCCUCCUCACAGAGAUGCAGAUCCAGAACCCCACCGCCGCCAUGAUUGCCCGCACCGCCGUCGCCCAGGACGAGCAGUGCGGAGACGGCACCACCAGCGUCGUCCUUCUCGUCGGCGAGCUGCUCAAGCAGGCGGAGCGCUACAUUCAGGAGGGCGUCCACCCCAGGGUCAUCAGCGAGGGCUUUGAAGUCGCAAAGGCCGGCACGCUCAAGUUCCUCGAGAGCUUCAAAAAGUCGCCCGAGCUCGACCGCUCGCUGCUUGUCUCGGUCGCCAACACGUCGCUCUCGACCAAGCUCCACGCCAAGCUCGCAGCGCAGCUGGCCGCCGACGUCGUCGACGCCGUCCUCGCCGUCAAGCCAGCCACCACGUCGUCGAUCCAGCCCCCAGCACCCGCCGCCGACGGCAGCAGCGAGAGCGUGGCCGAGUGGCAGAUCAAGGACCCCAUCGACCUGCACAUGGUCGAGAUCAUGAAGAUGCAGCACAAGACCGACACCGACACCCAGCUGGUGCGCGGCCUGGUCAUGGACCACGGCGCCCGCCACGCCGACAUGCCGAAGCGGGUGGAGAACGCCUUUGUGCUCACGCUCAACGUCAGCCUCGAGUACGAAAAGACCGAGGUCAACUCGGGCUUCUUCUACUCGAGCGCCGAGCAGCGCGAGAAGCUGGUCGAGAGCGAGCGCCGCUUCGUCGAUGCGCGGCUCAAGAAGAUUGUCGAGCUCAAGCAGGCGGUGUGCGAUGCGCCGACCGAGGGGUCGGCCAACGAGAAGCCCAAGAACUUUGUCAUUUUCAACCAAAAGGGCAUCGACCCGAUGUCGCUCGACAUCCUCGCCAAGAACGGCAUCCUGGCGCUGCGACGGGCCAAGCGGAGGAACAUGGAGCGGCUGCAGCUGUGCUGCGGCGGCGUUGCGCAGAACUCGGUCGACGACCUGACGCCCGACGUGCUCGGCUACGCGGGCCUCGUCUACGAGCACACGCUGGGCGAGGAAAAGUACACGUUUGUCGAAGAGUGCCGCGACCCGAAGAGCGUCACGAUCCUCAUCAAGGGACCCAACCAGCACACCAUUACCCAGAUCCAGGACGCGGUGCGCGACGGCCUGCGCAGCGUCAAGAACGCCAUCGAGGACACCACGUUGAUCCCGGGCGCGGGAGCGUUUGAGGUGUCGGCGGCCGAGCACCUGGUCAGCGAGACCAAGCGGCUGGCAAAGGGGCGGGCCAAGCUGGGCGUGCAGGCGUUUGCGGACGCGCUCCUCGUCAUCCCCAAGACGCUGGCGUCCAACUCGGGCCUCGACGUGCAGGACGCCAUCGUGGCGCUCCAGGACGAGGCGAGCGAGGGCCACAUCGUCGGCCUCGACGUGCAGACCGGCGAGCCCAUGGACCCCACCACCGCUGGCGUAUGGGACAACUACCGCGUCAAGCGCCACAUGAUCCACAGCAGCGCCGUCAUCGCCACCAACCUGCUCUCGGUCGACGAGAUCCUGCGCGCCGGUCGGAGCUCGUUGAAGAGCGAGGGCCCCAUGGGCUAG